CUAAGGCUGUCGUCGUCAUAGUCCGUCCAUGGAUGCCAAAAGUACAAGUUUGGUGAAUUGAGUGAGGCUAUAUAUCCUCAAAAAUAUUUACACUAGAAUGGACUGACUGGAGGAUCAAAAUUUUGAUAAAUUGACGAGAAGGGAAUUGGUGGUUCCUUAGAUUAUCGAAACUGCCCUUCUUCCUCCUCGACCGCAUUGCCAGCAAGGGGUCGGUGACGGAGAAAGAGAGAUCAGAGAAACCCUUACCCUAACCCUAAAAGAAAGAUGAAAGCUUCAGAGAUUUCGAUCGGAAAAUGCAACAGUGGGGAAAGCGAGCCCAAGACUACACGGAAGAAACCCCCUUUCAGACCCGCCAAAGACGACACCAAACCACUUCUCCGAGACCCUAUAUUGAGAUCAGACCCGAUUGAGACCGAGGAAGCUGUGCUCAGAUUGCCUCCUUUUCCCCCCAGAUCCAUUUCCCAAUUAAACCAGUGAGAAUUUUUACGCUCUUUCUAAUGAACUCAGCAGUGUUCGUGUUGUUGGAAUUCUGUACCUAUCUGUGCGAUUAAUAUGAUGACCAUAUGAUCGAUUGGGCACUUGGUUGCUUGAACUUCUGAGCUUUGAUUUGUAUGUGAAUUCCAAUGCAGAAUGUGCAAAGUUUGAUUUCGAUCGCAGUGUUAACCUCCUGUUGGAAUUUGGUUUGAAUUAGAUUGGUUGAGUAGUUCAUGGUUAAUUCAAGACUUGGUAGGAGUUUAAUUGUCUUGAAUAGGGAGACAAACUUACAGAUUGUGAUCUGGGUUCAAUUCUUCUAUAUGUUAGUAGUGUUUGUAGCCUCUGAUUUGGAUGACAGAAAGACAUUGUCUUUAAUUUUUUGAUAA